CCGUCUCCAUCUGGAUGGUCGAUCUCGGAUUUUUCCGUCCCAGUUUUGCUCCUCGUAGAAAUCUUCUUCACACGCUUUGUGUAGAUAGAUAUUGUUUGUUUACCAAAACCCCCUUCAUCUGAUUCUGGCGUGGAAGCUACAGUUUACAGAGGCGUUUUUUUCAAUCCAAAGCUCCUCCAUUAGGAACCAUACUCCUUCCAGCUUCAUUUCUCUCUUGAAAGAGUUCUGUUUUACCCUCAUCUUUGUCCCCGAGCAAAGGGUACUGUUGCUUGUUUGGGUCACUUGGAUUGGUUCGUACUCAGAUCCUAUAAUGAACGAACAGCAUGGGAAUUCAGGGGCGAGCUCGGCGAGUGCUAGUUUUAGUGGUAGUUCAUUGGGUACGCAGGAUGAUCAUACUAUUGCCAAGAUAUUAGGAGAGGAGGAAGAAAAUGCUUUGAAGCACACGAGCACGCUUGGAAAGAGGCUUUCACAUUUAGGCUCAAUUCCGCACGUUCCAAGGGUAAUUGAAGCCAUACCCGAUACUAAUGAUGCCACAUUGGACCACGCAAGGCUUUCUGAAAGGUUGGCACAAUAUCGUCUCACUGAAGUUCACAUGGAAGGAGAUGGGAAUUGCCAAUUUCGAGCCCUUGCAGAUCAGAUUUUUCAAAAUCCAGGUCAUCAUAAGUAUGUACGGAGGCAAGUUGUCAAGCAGCUAAAACGUUACAGAACACUAUAUGAAGGCUACAUUCCAAUGGCGUACAAAAGCUACUUGAAGAAGAUGAAGAGAUCAGGGGAAUGGGGAGACCAUGUUACUCUUCAAGCAGCAGCAGACCGUUUUGAGGCUAAAAUAUGUUUAGUCACUUCCUUCCGGGACACUUGCUACAUUGAGAUUAUUCCCAAUAACAAUCGCCAACCUUCAAAAGAGUUGUGGCUGAGCUUUUGGAGCGAAGUGCAUUACAAUUCUCUAUAUGAAGUAGACGGAGCGAUCCCUACAAGACACCCGCGAAAGAAGCAUUGGCUUUUCUAGGCUGCAGCUAGAAUUAUGAUGGGAGAAAGACUAAAAUAGAAGUAAAACAUAAAAAAAACCAAAAUACGACCUUCAUGUUUUUAUCCCCAAAAUAAGGGCAUACAAUGCCAAUAAUGCCAACAUUUAUAACCAAAAAACAGUGGAAUGACAAUGUACAAUGCCACAUUGUGUCGCAGUACAAAGUUCUAUUUUGGGGAUAAAAACCUAUCGCUCCUAUUUUGGGGAUAGAGCUAUGCUUUACUCUUAUUUUCGGUGAUUUCUUAAUUAUGAUUUGGUUGGUGCUGGGUAACAACUCAUCAAUGUCUGAGAGUUUAUGUUGUGUUAUGGGUGUAAUGGAGCAGGAUUUUUAUAUACACAAUAUUAUACCAAUGGCUUGUAGUAGAAAAAAAACACCAAUGCCUUGUACAUAAUAUUACAGAACAUCAAUAAGAAUGAAUAUUUCUCUAGUAG